AUGGAGUACCAGAACAUUUCUAACAGCUCUCUGUUUGCCCGUGCCUCAGUGGAGGAGCUGGUUUCCAGCACCGUUCUGGGACUGUGCUGUGCUCUGGGUGUACCAGGUAAUAUAGCGGUGAUGGUCAUGCUUGCCCAACAUUUAAAGGAGGGCAGUUUCACCCCAAAACUGAUGCUGAGUCUGGCCGUCUCUGAUCUGCUGAGUCUGAUUUUUCUGCCUGUGUGGAUCUAUGCGCUUCUUAACGGCUGGGUUUUUGGCCGAGGGUUGUGUAAGUUACUUUCCUACAUAGUGUACUGGAGCCUUUACAGUAGUGUGCUUUCUGUCACCUUGUUGAGUGUGCAAAGGUUCCUGCAGGUGCUGUAUCCACAGCGAUGGGCGAAGCUUGGACAGAAGGGCCAAAAGGGACUGAUUUUUGGGAUAUGGAUAUCAAGUGGAGCUCUGGGUUCUUAUGCUCUUUAUUUCCGAAAUGUGAAGAAGAUGAAGGACAUGCUUUUACACUGUUAUCAGGAUUAUACAAAUAAACAAGAACAACUAGCCGUCUUACUAGUUGAGACUCUAGUGAUGUUUGUUGUGCCUCUCCUCAGUCUGUUGUUCUUCUACCUUCGACUUUAUCAACGGAUACAUCAGUCAGCUUCCUUCAAAAGCCACAGGUUGACAAAACUGGCCGUCAGAAUUGUAGUGGUCUUCUUCAUAUUUGGGACCCCGUGUAUGAUCAACAAUUUUGUCUUAAUGGCAUUGUCAUGGAAAACAGCUGUAAGCAACAAUUUAACCGGGGCUCUUUUCUUUAUCAACAGUUGUGUGAACCCCUUUCUUUAUGCCUUUUCAGCUCGAACGCUGCGGUGCAGAAAAAAACAGCAUUCAGAUGUGCCAAAACAUAAGAAUGAAACUGAGUAAGCUGUAAAGCAACUAUGAAGUUUUUCUGAUAUGUAUGUCUACAUUAAUUAUUUGCUUUUAAACUGUGCAAGAUAUUUAAAGGGUUUCUUCACAGCAGUGCAAUAGAAGAAACAUUUUUGGUUCCAUCUCUUUCAUUUUUUCAUAAUUUGGAGAACCCUCCUUCACCACAAAGUACCUUUUAUGAAACAGAAAUUAUACAAAAUAAUACACAUUAUACAGAAACAAAUACAGUUCUUCUAUGGCAUCAUGAAGUACCUUUAUUAAUGAGAGUGUAAAGGGAAGUGCAUAUAAAACUUUUCAUCAUAUCCUAUUUAUGUUUCCUCAGCUUGUAAGCUAAAUAAAUUACUUCUCCAUUCCUAAAAUAUUAUAAAUAACAAUUAGUAUUCCUGUAACAGGACUGUUAAAAUCAACCAAAGAUAUCUUGGUCAUGAGUCAUGUAGACCACACUUGAUAUUUUGGCCUCCUUCUUUAAAGAGAGAUGACCUUUUUCAACAAACAAGAAAGGAAGUUCAAGCCCAAACAAAAAAAAAUACCAACAAAGACUCUUUUGCAUAUUUUGCUUGAAAUGGAUUAAAGUCUAAAUCAAAGUGGUUAUACAACUGUUUGGUUUAUGCCUGUAAACAUAUUUUACAUUUUUUUAUAUAUAUAUUUUUGUAAUUUAGCAGUUUUGAACACGUUUAGAAAAUAAACCCAACACAGCACCUCUUUCAGUGUACAUUUUAACUGUUGUAAUUAUUUUUUACAAUUGCUGUUGUAGGUUGGGGCAAAUGGUGAAUUAUUAAGGAAAGUUGUGUGAUUUAAAUAUUAUUGAUAAUCUUACACAUUGCUAAAAAAAACCCCCCGAAACAAAACAAAAACAGCUAAAUCAGCCUGAUUGGAUGGUUUUAGCUGGUCAAGCAGCAUGGUUUUAGCUGGUUUAAGCUGGUCAGCGGGCUGGUUCUAGAGGGCUUUUGGUCACUUACUAGCUGGCCAGACCGGUCUUAGCUGGUCAGGAUGGGAAAUCAGCUGAAACGACCAGCUAAAACCAGCUUGACCAGCCUACACAGGCAGGGAGACCAGCUAAAACCAGCUACUUCCAGCUUAAACCAGCUAAGACCUGCCAACCAGCCUGGCGUUUGCAUUUUUUCCAGCUAGGUUUCUGGAUUACUAGACUACUUUUUUUUUUUUUUACCUUUAACAUAUUUGCUGUUUUACAAACUGCCUAAAUUAUGUUAAAAAAUCCUAGGUCACUGGUGCAUUGUAUGUAUACAAGGUAACAUAUGCCUACAGAA